GUUGAGUACAAUACUUGAGCUUGUUUGCUGCUCAGAGUGCUCUGCUGAAGGACUUUGCAGGUUACAUUUUCAUCAAAUCGAAGGACAAUACAAAGUCAAGAACCUGCUAAUCCACGAAGGAGCAGAGGAUUCCAGCCAGAAUCUCAAUAUACAAAAAAGCCAUGGGGAUAUUAUACUCACAGGUAGGUAAGGCGUUUCCUAGUCUGCAAGAAUACAUCAGAAGUCUAACAGGUCUGUUUCAAAGGAUUUACAAAAUCUUAUUUAAGUACCUCAAGUGUAACUUUAAAAGUGACCUGAGGGUCUAAGGCAUAAUCAUAGUAAAUGUAAUAACCAGUUUUUCGUACAGUGAAUUAGAUUACGGAUAUCAAGGGUAGGUAUUUGAAGGAAUAUUGUGGUUUAUGGCAGCUAAACAGCAUGAACUGGGCAUUCUUUCCCAGAGUCCUCAACAUGGAUAUUUCUGUAGAUGUUUGUUACUGAGAGGGGCAAAAAAUGGUGAAAAGCAAUGCUUUAUCCUCAUGUGCACCUCACAUUAGACCCAUCCUGUAGCUUAGUUCAAGUCCUGGCCUGUGAACCUUAAUGAAACAAGCCACACACAAAAAAAAUAUUUGCCCUUAUUUAAAAAAGAAGAAAAAACUGUAAUAAAUUAUAGUUAUUUUAUUUUAUAAAAUGUAUAGAAUGCUUGAUUAGGAGGGGGGAAUUCGCUGUUGUUGUUUUUAAAAAACCAAACUAUAUAUUUGAACAAUUGUGUAAUUUUGCGUCAACUAUCUGUAUACAUUUGUAAAAAUGUUUCCCCCUAUUAAUGAACUUAGACAGUUGAGUGCUGAUAGACAGGGUGUCAUUAAGAAACAGCAGAUGGUGUAUUCUUUGGAGAACCCCAAAAUAUGCAGAGACAUUAAAUGUUUAAAACAAAAAUCAGAGGAGGGAAACCCUCCCAAACAGUAAACUCAGUGACAGGGAUUGAGUAAGCUCAGUGACGUCCAGGAGCCCUGGAAUGUUGAGUAUCAUUUGGAAAAGAAAACCAGAAAACUGUGGAGCAGCAGCAAUGAAUGGGCUUGCUUGAACCUCUUUCAGCUUGUAAUAUCCUGGAGGAGAGCAUGCCUGUCUGCCUGGGACCCUGAACCGAAGCAUUCCUGUUAGAGGGUGUGAGAUUUAGAGGAAAACUUUUUGGUGUUUGUGAUUUUGGGGUGUAGCACUACUGCACUGCUCAAGAAAAACCUGUUUCUAUGUUUUAAAGGAUCAUUAUCUAAAUGUACAGCAUGUGGAGAAAAUGUGAAUGGGAAUGGGAAGAAGACAUUUCUGACGUACACACAGAUGAGCCAGUUGUCAUGUCUGGUUGGUUAGCAUUCCAUUUCAGGGAAUGAUCUGGGUCUUUUUAAUCUGGCCUCUGUGUUCUUUGUUUUACUCACACAUUUUAUUGCAAUGCAAAAGGCAGAGGGCCAGGUUUGUUUGCUUUUGCUGGAGGUGCAUAACGCAUGCAUUCCUGUAUAAGGCAUUACUGCCUUACUUCCUUGUGGGUCACAACUGCCUUCAGAACCCCAGCAUGUGUCUCUUAUGUUCAGGACCAGCUGGUGAGGUUAGAGCUCUUCUGAUCAGUAGAUCCACUCUUAUUGUUUGUUUAGACUCCUGCUCCCAACUUUACAAACCUCCUUCUUCCCAUAUCUGUUUCCUCCAUCUUUGAUAAUGCUUACCCUUCACUUUUAUUCAGCUACAAUCUUGCCCCUCUUAACAUUGCAGCUGAUGGUAUUUCUCCUUAUUCAUGCUUUUAGUCAAAUCCUUGGGCCUGUCUCUUGUUAAUUUUCUAGGGUUGUUGGUGUUUGUUGUUUUGCCUCUGCUUGUCACCCCACCUUCUCCAUUUCACACUCUUUCACACAUACGCAUUCCCUUUCUGUCCUCCAUUCUUCCACUUUUGCACUCUCGUAUUCAUUCUCUCCUUCAUGUCAGACUACCACUCUACCCAGAGACAUACCUAGGGAUUGGUGAAAUUGGUCCCUGCUGGGGGUACAGGCCCAGUAAGGGUGCAAAAAUCACCCCAGAAAUCUGUCUCCAGUUGUCUGUGCAAGGUUGUGAGUUUAGACAAGAGCUGGGAGCUAAGUAGUAAGUGAAAUGGCAGGGUAGACCACUGGAGACUAUGGAGUGUUUGACAUAUAGGAGUUUGGUGAUGUGCUGCCAUUGCUGCAGUGAGAUCAAACACGAGAGAAGUUUCCCAUCCUUCUUGCAGCAUGGCCCAAAGGCAUGUGAAUGUUUUCACUCUUCCUCCUUGCCUGUCUCUUACUCUGGAUGCCUUGCGUACUUGGGCCAUGUAAAAUGUAGGAAUUUCUAAUGUGGCUAUUGUGGUGAAGUGAUUCUCUCCCCCUCCCUCCCAGGGGACUGUGCCAAUACAGUUGCUUGCCAAGGGUGCAAGGGACCCUAUGUAUGCCUCUGACCCUACCUUCACACUAGGGAUGUGAGAAGGCCACAGUUUCCAUUCUGACCUGUAUUUGUCACUAUCAGCACUGUCUCCUUUCUACUGCAGUUCAGCUUCCACAAAAUACUACAUUAUUCAUCUCACAGUGUGCAUGGAGUGUUAGGGGAGGGGUAGUACCUCUGAUGGAGGGCAUGUCCUGCUCCUUCUUAGGUAGUUUGUCCACCUUUGGUUCCCACUCUGAACUCAGCUCUCACCUGUGACUCCUAGACAUCUGAAGGCAACCCUAUCAGGAAGUUUUUAAUGUUUGAUGCUUUAGUAUGUUUUAUAUAUUCUGUACGCCACCCAGAGUGGCUGGGGAAACCCAGUCAGAUGGGCAGGGUAUAAAUAAUAAAGUUUAUUAUUAUUAUUAUUAUUAUUAUUAUUAUUAUUGAAGCUGUCAGCAUGCGACAGCAUCUACUCCCUAGGAAACUGCUUUGACUGGCCAGCUAAACCAGGUGAGGGUAGCCAAUGGGUCUCAAACACUCAGUGAGUUAGAGACUUCCCCUGCAUGCGAAGACAAGCUCUGGCAGAUUGAGUGGCCAAGACACUCAACAACCAAGAAGGCAGUUUCUGCAUGUGCUGGAGAGGGAAGUGAUGGGCAGAUGGGGCUCCUGAACCUGGGAAGGUAGCCCAUCCAGGAGAAGGAAAGUUCUGAUUCUAAAUCUCUGCUGCCUUGCCAGAUAUCUUCGGGAGAAGAAAAAGCUGAGGAGUAAAACCUAUACAAAUGUUAUGUACUGAGUUGAAUAGGAUCCAAAUUGCAGCAGUCUGAUUGGUCCUAGAACAAAAGGAUUCAGAAUGCAGGAGUUUGAUUGGUCCGCAGGAGCCACCCAAUCCAACUCCAGGUGGAAGUGAAUCUGCAACCUGAUUGGCCUACAGGAGAAUCCCAGAAUUAGCCAAUCACAUGGGGCCCAUUGUGUAAAUAAUGUAUAUAAAGCAGACAGUUCGGGGAAAAUCCCAUUCCUCACUACUAUGAGCUGAAUAAAGAGCAUGAAAUCCACACUCGACUCCGAGUAUAUUUCAACAAAUCUGGAAUGGAGUCCUAACAGAGUUGGAUGGCACCUUCUACACUUCCAUCUGGCGACUCCUGCAGCCAAACUGGUGCCUAAUGUAUUGCUCUGCUUUCCUUUGGACCACAUCAGCAAGCCUGAGGGGGGGGGGGUUCUUGUCGUUUGGGAAGCCCAGGAUCUCUACACACACUGCCCAGGCUUGUGUCACAGGGAGGCCACUUUGGUGCUGCUAUAUAACACAGUGGUUUGACUUCACCCCUGGAGGUACACUCCAUUGUCUCUCGAGACAGACGGAUGCCAGCAACAACAUCUUGCCAUCCACUAUUCAAUGUAAGUUACAUAACCUCUUAUGUAACUUACCUUGAUUUCAAUGUAAAGGAAAUGUCAAAACAGUGUGUAAAAGAAUUACAUCUCCUAAAAAUAAUUUGUUUGGCUGAUUUCCAUUCAUGACCACAGAUGAACAUGCGAACUGCAGCAAUUUCAGCUCCCUUUUCCAUUUUCACCAGAAUGGUCUGACUUCCCUACUUCAUUCACAUGCUGCCUUUUGCUUUUCUUCUCUCUCAUGAGCUUCCAUUCAUCCUCAUUAUUUCUGCUGCCGACUCUUUUGCUGACUUAUCCUUGCCUGUAUUUUGGUUCACGAGUUUCCCCUUUUCUUCCUUGGUAGUUGGGACCUACACCCGUUGUGUUUUUCACCCCACUUUUUUUUUAAUAAAUAAUUUUUAUUUCAUUUUACAAAUUCAUUCACACUCAAAAUCAAAAAUAAUAAAAAUUACACAAGAUUCUUUCAAAUCUCUAGACUUACCUCUGCCCCUUUGUGGGUUCUUUAGUUAACUUUUUCAACUGCAUACUAUAAGCCCUCCUAAUUUUCCAGUCCUCCAUUAUGUCCAAAGUCUAUGUAACAUUACAAGAGUUAUUUAAGACCAGCCAAAGAGUUCAAGUGUUUAAAGUGGUCUGUCAAAUAUAAUAUAAAUUUCUCCCAUUCUUUGCUGAAGUUCUGGUCCUCCUGGUUUCUGAUUUUCCCAGUCAUUCUUGCCAUCUUGCAUAAUCCACCCCACCUUUAUCCUUAUCAGGCUGAGUAGUGGCGCAUCCCCAGUGCCCCACAAUGUCACAUUCAAAUGGACUGCCAGCGCCACACUGCCAUUUAGGGAAACCUCUGUAGGGGCAACCCCACAUAAAGUGUUUAAAUCAUUACUAUAGCAUAUAAAAUAGUGACCAUGACAAAUGUUCAUAAGAAUGCCCUUUUUUGUAUUUUAAUCUUAAACCUAUGCAAGAGCAGAAUAUUGAAGCUUGCUGGCAGCUAAAUGAUUCCAAGUGAGCUACAAAUCAGCUCUCAUAUCCUCCAACAUUUUUUUCAAUGAAAAUAGGUACAUCCCAUUCCAUAGUAAUAAUAACUGUAUUAAUAAUAAUUUUAUUAUUUAUACCCCAUCUAUCUGACUAGGUAGUCCCAGCCAUUCUGGGUGGCUUCCAACAUAUAUAAAAACAUUAUAUAUAUAUAUAGUACACACACACACACACACACACACACACACACACACACACUUCCCCCAAACAGGACUGCCUUCAGAUGUCUUCUAAAGGUUGUACAGUUACUUAUCUCCUUGGCUCGGGGUUCGCAUAGCUAUAUACCCUCCAACAAUUCUCCAAUGAAAAUAGGGAUGUCCCAAGAAAAAGGGGGACAUUCCAGGAUCAGUAAGAAACUGGGACGGUUUCUGUAAAUCUGGGACUGUCCCUGGAAAAAGGGACACGUUGAGGGUCUGAGCUCUGACUAGUGUAAUAAAUAUCCUUUAAAAAUGCUCUUUUAGUAAAUUCCCUUCAACUAAGAUUGAAGACAGAUGACUCCAUAGUUUGUCAGUGACCAGCAGUGAAGCCUGUUGAGUUGCCUAAGGUCUUGUACUACUUUUGGUUCACUGGCCUUACUGCUUCUCUGAUGCAACCCUGCUGCCCUUCCAGAUUUGGACAUGAGUGUAAUAUGUAUUACACAUGUGAGGAAAGAGGGUGUCCUGCUGCUGUUGCUGUUACUGAACAGCAUGAACAGCACUGAACAGAGAUGAGGGGUGAUCGGGGAAUCUGAUCUUUGCAAAUUCUGAAAGGAAGCCUGAGUCUCAGCUCCCAGCCCAUUUGGAACAUCUGGGAUCUGCAAAAGCCAGUGUAUAAAUGACUUUCAGUUGAUUCCAGUCUGGGACAGUGUAGUGCUCUGCUGCUGUCUUGGAACUUCAGCUCCCAUCAGCCCCAGCCGGAAGCCCCAAUGAUAAGGCAUGAUGGGAGUUGUAGUUCACCACAUUUGGAGGGUCACAACAUUGGCUACCCUUGUCCCAGACUAAUGUGCCAGGAAUGGCUCCCCCCCCCCCCCGCCACGAGGUUCUGGAAUUCCCAAAUGUCUCCCAAAGAGUUUUCAUCUCAAAAUUUCUUUUGAAAUGCCUGUUUCAAAACUAUCCUAAAGCUAUCCUAUCUUUAAAAGACAUCUGAAGGCAGCCUUGUUUAGGGACGUUUUUAAUAUUUAAUGCUGUAUUGUUUUUAACACUUGAUUGGGAGCCGCCCAGAGUAGCUGGGGAAAGGCAGCCAGAUGGGCGGGGUAUAAAUAAAUUAUUAUUAUUAUUAUUAUUAUUAUUAUUAUUAUUAAAGACAUUUGCAAAUGGACAAUGAUUUAAAUAAACACUUUAAUGCAUUUAAAAAAAUAUGUCACAGCUUAAUACAGGGCAUGGCAGAGGAUAGAUGUGAAAGCGAGAGAGACAAAAAAUAGACUGAUGCUACUUCAGCCCCCGUUCCCUGAGCUACUCUCAAUCCUUCUUUCUCCAGACUUCCAUAUGUAUGGUUUUUGUGCUUGCACAGGGAGCUCAGGUGGCUUUUGAAUCCAGUCCAUCUGAAUACGUAGUAUGCAUUCUCUCACUACUUUCUCAGUCUUCUUACUGCUUGUGAAAGUUAAUGAUAAACUAGUUUGUCUGUAAAAUGCCACAGCACUCCUCCUCUUCCUGCUGCUACAUACAAAGGUCUGUUUCAGGUGCCACAUGGGUGCCAGAAUUCUUGUAUGUGAGAUGAACAAGGAAGCACGCGGCAUGUUUUAGCGUCAGGUGUUUCAGCUGUGACUCUUGCACGUUUCCUUUGGAUUGAGCCAAUGGUGACUAAUCUGCUAGCACCACUCUGUGGAUUUAAACUGUGACUGCAGUUUUGAAUGCCACAUGACUCUUUCUUUAGCUUUUCGUCACUUAGAAACAUUAGGCAGGGUGGGAGACUUUUGCUUUAUAUUUUGCUUUAUAGGAGUUGAGUAUACAGUAUCAUCUGAUUUCAUGGCACUCAGAAUAUUCUGCACUCCCUCCAUCAAAACUCAGGUGUCAAUACAUGUAAAUGUGGAGUCUUUACGAAGUAAGCCAUAUUUCACAAAGACACCACAGACUCCUCCAUGAUAAACAACAAGAACAAAGGGUUGGGGCUCCAGAUAAAUAUUACUGUGUACCUCAUGUGGAAUGCCCUCCCACCAGAUGUCAAGGAGAUAAAGAACCACAUGACUUUUAGAAGACAUCCGAAGGCACUCCUGUAUUGGGACGUUUUUGAUGUUUGGCGUUUUAUUAUGUUUUUAUAUAUGAGGGAAGCUGCCCAGAGUGACUGGGAAAAACCCAGCCAGAUGGAGGGGGUAUAAAUAACAAAAUAGUUGUUGUUGUUUAUUACUAUUAACUGUUGAGGAUUAUGCCUAAAGACCAGAGAAUGUACAAAAUCUGCUGAUAUAUGCACAUUCACUAGCACAUGUGCUUUAAAUGUACAGUGUACAGCCUUGGCAGACACAAAAAACAACAACAGAACUCUAUUUGUUUUUGGGGUAGGCAUUGCUGUUGAAACAGGAAUUCAGAAGGAAGCAAGUCUGACACAUAUCCCCCAAAUCCCCAAAUGAGACUAUGUCACUUUUCCUUUGAACGGAGGCUAUAAAGAGUAAUCUGCUAGCCCCACUCUGUGGAUUUCAAUUGCAACUGCAAGUUAAACUGUGUGGGCAGAUCUAGCCCAAACAUUUCUAUCAAGAAGUGGUGGUAGUGGGGUUGCAUUUGUGUUUUUGCUUUACUUGCAUUGAUUAUGCAAUCUAAGGUAGCAGUUUCUCAUCUGGUUUUGCUCUCUACUCCGCUAUAUUUAAGUUUUCUUGCAUUCCCAAAACUUGUGUGGUGGUAAGGGUGUAUGCUCUGUAACAAUUUUCUUUCAUGUGGGGCAGUUCACACUGUGGCGCUGUGGUCUAAGCCACUGAGCCUAGGGCUUGCCGAUCAGAAGGUCGGAGGUUGGAAUCCCCGUGACAUGGUGCGCUCCCGUUGCUCGGUCCCAGCUCCUGCUAACCUAGCAGUUCUAAAGUAUGCCAGUGCAAGUAGACAAAUAGGUAUUACUGCAGCGGGAACGUAAACGGCAUUUCCGUGCGCUCUGGCUUCCGUCAAGGUGUUCCAUUGCACCAGAAGUGGUUAAGCUAGGCUGGCCACAUGACCCAGAAAACUGUCUCCGGACAAACGCUGGCUCCCUUGGCCUGAAAGCGAGGUGAGUGCUGCACCCUACAGUCGCCUUUGACUGAACUUAACCACCCAGGGGUCUUUUACCUUUACCUUUUUUUAUUACACUGUAGUGAAGGUGAGUUUCAGCUGCCAGUGAAGUGUUCAUUUGUCUACUCUGCUGCACACCCAGACUCCUCUUAAGCUUGGCCAUGUUGGAAAUCUUACACAGCUACAUUCAUGGUGAUGGACUCUCCUUCCUUGGAUGUUUUUAAGAAGAGGCUGGAUGAUCAUUUGUCAUGUGUGAUCUAGUUGAGAUUCCUGCAUUGCAGGGAGUUGGACUAGUUGACCCUCAGGGUUCCUUCCAACACUUCAAUUCUAUGAAGGAUCUAGAUGUGCGGUUUUGUAGUAAUCUGGUUAGGGUAGAUGGAAAGCUCUCUGCAUGCUCAUGUCUAGUCAGCAAAACACCACAAGUCUAAGUCUAAGUUUGUUAACCUAAGACACUUUGUUGAACUGUCUUCAUUUCCCACCUCUUAUUCUUCUGCAGCCCAUUUGUCAGGCAGCUUAUAAUAAUGACUUCAAUCAACUGCAGCUCCUUCUGGAAGAAGACAGUAAUUAUUUGAAUGUCCAGGACAGCUUUGGAGGAGACACACCAUUGAUUUGUGCCUGCAAAAAGGGGCACAACAGAAUUGUCAGUUAUCUUCUGAAAAUGAAUGCUGAUGUAAACAUAAAAAAUAAGGCAAGUCUCAGCAAACGUAUACCCAUUGAGGUCUUCCUUUAUGUUACUAAAGUCAUAAUGUGAUCUAUACUUUGAAGUGGAGGGGGUAAGUUUCUCACUCAUUAUUUGAUUAGCUUAAAAUCCUCAGAUAUCCAGAAAAAGAUAGAUGCUGUUAUUCACUUUUCCCAUACAUAAAUAUUUUAUGCCCAGACACAGCUUAGACAUUUAGAAGGUAUGUCUCAGCAAAAUCUUUCCCACGUGCACAGUUCUUAUUCACAGAAUAAAAUCAAACUAUAAAACCACAAAAUAUAUAAUCAAAAUAACAACAACCCAAUACCCCCCCCCACAAAGAGCCACAUUUUAAAAGGGCAUAGGAUGUCAAUCAAAUCAACCAAAGGCCUGGCGCCUAAAGGUGUAUAAUGAAGGCGCCAGGCAAACUUCCCUGGGGAGAGCAUUCCACAGAUAAGGAGCCACUGCAGAGAAGGCCCAUUCUUGUGUUGCCAUCCUCUGGACCUCUCAAAUAGGAGACACAUGAAGAAGGGUCUCAGAAGACAACCUCAGAGUCCAGGUAGGUUCAUAUGGAAAGAGGCAGUCCUUGAAGUAUUGCAGUCCUGAACCCUUUAAGGCUUUAUAGGUCAAAACCAGCACAUUGAAUUGGGCCCGGAAACUAAAUGGUAGCCAGUGCAAUCAGACCAGGAUCCGUGUAAUAUGUUCAAACCAUCUUGGUCUGGUGAGCAACCUGGCCUCUGAAUUCUGCACUAGCUGAAGCUUCUGAACUGUCUUCAGAGGCAGUCCCAUGUAUAAUGCAUUGCAGUAAUCUAACCUUGAGGUUACCAGAGCAUAGACAACAGUAUUUAGGCUAUCCCUGGCCAGAUAGGGGCGUAGCUGGGUCACCAGCUGAAUCUCAUGGAAGGCACUCCAGGCCACUGAGGCCACCUGAGCCUCGAGCAACAGCAAAAGAUCCAGGAGUACCCCCAAGCUACGAACAUGCACCUUCAGAGGAAGUGUAAUCCCUUCAAGAGCAGGUUAAAUCCCACCCAGCUUGUCUAGGGGACCACUUAUCUGGAUUGAGUUUCAGUUUGUUGGCUCUCAUUCAGUCCAUUACUGAGGCAUAUUUCUCAUAGGCAAUUUCUAAUAGAGAAAAAGAAGGAAAAUGUGCCCCAAAUAUGUCUAACAUAAAGGUAAAGGUAAAGGUACCCCUGCCCGUACGGGCUAGUCGUGACCGACUCUGGGAUUGCGUGCUCAUCUCACUUAAGAGGCCGGGAGCCAGCACUGUCCAAAGACACUUCCGGGUCACGUGGCCAGCGUGACAAAGCUGCUCUGGCGAACCAGCACCAGCACAGCGCACAGAAACACCGUUUACCUUCCCGCUAUAAAGCGGUACCUAUUUAUCUACUUGCACUUAGGGGUGCUUUCGAACUGCUAGGUGGGCAGGAGCUGGGACCGAAUGAUGGGAGCUCACCCCGCCAUGGGGAUUCGAACCACCGACCAUACGAUCAGCAAGUCCUAGGCACUGAGGUUUUACCCACAGCGCCACCCGCGUCCCAACAUGUCUAACAUACUCUGUGUAUAAAAUGGAAGGGAAUUGGAGCUAUUUGCCUAAUAUAAUGCGAGUUCUUCUGCUUCUCUCUAGAAAGAACGAACAUGUUUACAUUACGCUGUCAAAAAACGGUUCAGCUUCCUUGAUUACCUGCUCAUUAUCAUCUUAAUGCCUGUUAUGCUUCUUGGGUAUCUUCUCAUGGUAAGUUCAGCAAAAGAAUGAAAAUAGCAUCUUUAUAUACCAGCCUUCACAAAGCUUCACCAACCUGGUGACAUUCAAGCAGCAUGGCCACCUUGUCUGGGAUUGAUGAGAGUUGUAGUCCAAAAUAUCUAGAGGACAGCAGGUUGGUGAAAUCUGUAAGAUAUCAGCAGAUCUAGCGAAGCAUGACGGGUUUGGUCGCACCAGGCACAGAACUUCUGGGCUGCCACAAUUAUGACAUCCAAUAGAAGGCGAGAAGCAGAAUGCUGGAUUUUGGCAUUGCACAUGGUGCCACUGAAACUUGAGGUGCCAAGGUUCCUCACUGGCCCCAUACCCCAUUUUCUGGACAUAUUUUCUCUCACAACAUACUUUAUGGGCCCAACUAUUACUUGUGCUCCCUUGCUCUAAAAGGUAAAUCAACUCAACUGGGUAAUCCCAUUGUCUCACUCUCAGAACAGAAAGUACAGUGAUACCUCGGGUUACAUACGCUUCAGGUUACAUACGCUUCAGGUUACAGACUCGGCUAACCCAGAAAUAGUGCUUCAGGUUAAGAACUUUGCUUCAGGAUAAGAACAGAAAUCGUGCUCUGGCAGCACAGCAGCAGCAGGAGGCCCCAUUAGCUAAAGUGGUGCUUAAGGUUAAGAACAGUUUCAGGUUAAGAACGGACCUUCAGAACGAAUUAAGUACUUAACCCGAGGUACCACUGUAUACAUAUAUUGGUUUGUAGCCAUUAGAUAUCAACCUUGGCUUGUGUGCCAAAGAUAGCAACCUUGACCUAAGUGACCCUCAUCCUUUGCAUACCAGGGCCCGUUCAAAUAUUUCCAAAAGCCAGUGUGCACCCAUAGGCCUUGAGUGAUUGUCACAUGUAGAAGAAGAAGAAGAAGAGUUUGGAUUUGAUAUCCCGCCUUUCACUCCCUUUAAGGAGUCUCAAAGCGGCUAACAUUCUCCUUUCCCUUCCUCCCCCACAACAAACACUCUGUGAGGUGAGUGGGGCUGAGAGACUUCAAAGAAGUGUGACUGGCCCAAGGUCACCCAGCAGCUGCAUGUGGAGGAGCAGAGACGCAAACCCGGUUCCCCAGAUUACGAGACUACCGCUCUUAACCACUACACCACACUGGCACCACACCACACAUGUGACAAUAGAACUUGUUUUCUAUGGUUGCCUAUGCAUACUAGAAAGCCACAAAGCCAAUUACAGCUUCCUAGCAAAUAGGCAUGCACAUGACAUUUUUUUUAAAAAAAAUGUGCAUGCUUCUCACACAGAAUUUAUAUAACAUGAUGUAGUGCAUUCUUGUAACUGCAAGUACAAUGCACAGAAAUGAAUGGAGCCCACUUCACAGUAUACCUGCAUAGGAUGGUGACAUUGCAUAUUAAACUUUGAUCACUACAGACUGCAUUCACUAAAUAACUGCUUAUUUCAGUGGUGAAGGCUAGGGGGAAAACAAACAUUUUGAUACAAUCUUGCCGAUAAAAUGUUUAAAAAGUUCCACAUCAUGAAUAGAAGUAAGUUUUCUUUGUUGUACAACCCAGUAUGAGAGUUUUCUCAUUGUGAAUAUAAACUGUCUUUCUAACAAUGCCCCAUUGCCCAUCUGUGGAACAGGUAUCCAGAAGUAAGCAGAAUGAAAAUCUUAUCAAGAUGCUACUUAGAGCUGGUGUCGAUGUUAAUGUUACAGAUGAUGUAAGUGGACAUAUAUAUCUUUGGAGGGUUCUAGGACAAUGAUAUAGUGGAAUCCCCAGCUCUUUGCAUUGGGAGUGAUCAAAAAGUCAUCUUCUUUUUUGGCAAUCACUUGUAGCUGAGUAAGAUUGUCUUCUAUGGAUAUGGUCUUAACGGUGUGUCUGUAAGCAACUGUGGAGGCCAAAAGUAUAACCAUACCCAAAGAAGAGAGGGAUGUGUGUGGAAAUAUCCAGAGCAGGAAAAAACACAUGUGGGGCAUCCUCUGCAAAUGUGUAGUUUGGACUCACAGAGGCCAUUAAUUUAAAUCAUUUGUUUUCUAUAGCACUUGUGGCACCCUACUCUGUUUCAGCAGCCCUCACUUACUAGUUGUAGGACAGUAACAUGCAUUCCUAAUCAUCACCACCAUUCCAUCAGGGUGCAAGUUGUUUUAGAAAGUGUAAGAGGACAGGUCCACGUCCUAAGAAAGCUGAAGGAUAAACUUUGACACAGGGAAAACUGCAGAGGUUAGAGUAAACUGUUAGGGGUUUAUUGUGUGUGGGGGGGGGGGGAGAGACCAAAUCAUUAGAAGCAUAACACAGCUACAAAGUUACAAGGCUCACAGCUCUCCUUUCCUCUAGAAAUAAAGGAUGCGUUAACAGAGAAGCAUUAGGACAUGACUGAAAUGUCUGCUUCUAUAAUAAUGCAUAUCUUUCCAAGGGUAAUUGUUUGGUUCUUUUCAGUCAGGAAGGACAGCUCUCCACUAUGCCUGUGAAAUGAAGAACCCAUCCAUUGUUCCUCUGCUUGUAGGAGCAGGUUCUGAUCUCUCUAUAAAGGACAAGGUAAGAAAGUCAGAGCUUAAUACAGCUAUAGUUUUGACUGACUUUGACUAGGCUUCUGGUUCAUCCUCUCUUCUGGAUGGUACCAACUAUCGUUGAGGGAGAACCUGCUGUCCCAAGUAGUUGUCCAUUUCUAGAAUGAAGGCCAGCACUGCUUUGUCCCUCUGGAAGACCCAGGCUGUUCAUCAUUUGUUUCUCAUGUAAUUGAUUGAGGAAAGCCUUGAUGUUUGUAUAGUUCCCCAUAUAUCAGGUAUAUCACUAGUUGUUGUUUUAUAAUAAAUAAUAUUUAUUAAAAUUUCAAAGGAUACAAAAAUUACACAAAAACAAAAAGUAGAAAUACAAAAAGUAAAAAUACAAGAAAAUAGAAAAUACAGAAAAAAGAAUAAAGGAAAAAACAAAACAUUAUUUUCAGACCCUUAACUGUCAUUGCCUUCUUUCUUAGACCUCCUCCUCCCUUCCUUUGUAUUCUAGUUAUUAAUUAUCCCAGCAAAUCCUUUCCUUUCCAUGUUUCAUAAAAUUCUAUCAUUACAUUGCCCUCGACUAAUUUAAUCCUAUCUUUCUAUAAUAAAAUAAACCUUAAAGUUUAAAACUUAAGUCUUAACCUUACCAGCUUCUUGUAAUCAUAAUAUUCUUUCAUAAAUCUUUAUGCAUCUUUACUAGAGCCAGGUAAUUUCUUCCAACAUUUUUCUAUCAUUCGUCAACUUUGUAAAACAUUCUAAUAAUAAAGAAAAAGAAAAAGAGAAAGCAAGAUAUAGACAAGUCCAAUCUCUAUCCAGCGUCCCUUCCUCCUGGUUCCGGGAUUUGUCAGUCCUUUCCCAUCCGUCUAACCCGGUAACCUUAUGUCCGAGGCCCUCAGGUCACUUCCAUGGCCCUUCCGCGGCUCUUCUUCAUACUUGUAGCUGUAAUUUCCCUUAUCUCCUCGUGAUAACUCCAGCUUAACAAUGUCUCUUGCUCGUGGUAACUCCAACUUAGUAAUGUUUUUAACCCUUCUCGUCAGAUCAGACCCUUUUCCGUAUUCAUCGCUGCAUUCCAUGUAGUAUUUAAAAGCAUGUUUCAAGGGCCCUCCAAAGUUGAGAGCCCCCACAGUCCCAAACAUAUCGCAGCCCAUUACCAUAUUUAAAAAGUCCAGACAUCCCAACAUAGGGGGGUCAAUCCAGCCCCCCAUUUCCAAGCCACACCGAACUCUCCCUUUCUAGAUCUGGCUUUUUCCAAAUUCAUUUGUCCAGUCCGAAGGAUCAUACUCCUGUUGGGUCUGUUCUGUCACAACACACUCCUGAUUUAAUGCCACAAACUCCUGUUCUGUCAAAACACACUCCUGGUUUGAAUCCUGAGUGGGCUCCACAUGUUUUCCCACAGUCUGGUCUAAACAUUCCACUGCCUGUUUAAGAUUUCUAGUCGAAAUGGCCAUCCGGUUCACCUUAUCGUGUAAUUCUUCCAGUAGAGCAUUUGUUUUGUAAAGAACACACACCAAGGCUUCUGAAAACAUUGUCCUGCACAGUCAAACACUUUCCCACGGUUAUUUUAUAACAGCUGUCAAUUCCCUGGAGUUAGCUACAGUUUCGGAAGCUCCCCCUAGGGGGAAGACUUAUAUUUAUUUUUGCUACAAAGUUUCCUUUUCCCCCAAAAAAUACUUAAGAUACUUUGUCCAUAUAUAUUCCUUUAGAAUGCGAAAGGGAACAGUGGAAUCACAAAGUUUCUCUUCUUUUAGCUGUCUGUCAAAAAACAAUUAUCUUGGUAAACUCAUGUCAGUCCUGACACCCCCGCUCCAGGAUCAGGACGGAGGAAAAUAACUUCCUUUUGCGAUUGCUUCAAAUAGUCAAAAAAAAAAAAAAAGAUUCCCAAUUUAAAAUGUUGAAAUCCACUCUUUCAAAGACAAUUUUCUGAGCUCUAGUGUAAAUUGCCUUUGCUUUGUUCUAUUUACAAAAGAACGGAAGGGUGACUUCCUGUUUAGCCCUUCCCGCUCCGUACCAAAUUCAAUAGAUUUUUUUUUUAUAGUCCGAUUCUGUCCUUUUCACAAAUCUUUAUUUGAUAUCCCAUUUGUUCAAAUUCUAAGUACUCACGGGUGCUUGUUUUAAAGUCCAAAUUGUCCCAGGAAAGAAGGCAGCGCUCUCCGGCAGCAGCUAUGCGGCUUUGCUCCACGGAAAUAGCGAUUGACUCACAGCACCACGCCGCUUCCCCCUCCUCACUUCGGAGCCCGUUCGUGGGUUCCUUAGCGGAUUGGGGGGGGGCGCUAAAGGUGCCCGCUGAGUCCCACGGUUUUAGUAUAUGUGCUGCCGAAGCGAGCACACUAGUUGUUGGAUUCCCAUCACCCCUGAGUCCUAUCUACUGGCUAUGCAGCUUGAAGUCCAACAAUAUCUAGAGAGCUUUAUGUUUCUCAUCCCUGAUUUACAUCUUGCAAACAAUCUCAACCCUUGGGCAUUCUAAUUUAAUUUUUACCAUCUAAAAACAUUCCACUGUAAACUGAAAUGUGCAGCUGAUUAUGGGAGAGAUGUAAGAGCUGGACCAUGCAGGAUUAUACUAUUCAUUUUGAAUGAUUUUUUUUUUUCACACACUGUAUCUGCUCUCAAGAGCACCUGCACCAGCUGAAUUGGAGCCCUCAGAAAUCCUUUUGUAAAUUCACAUAAAAAUGACCAUUCUCUCUUGGCCAUGAAUAAUCUCAAAUCUUCUGCAAGGUGAGCAAUAUUGCAUUGCAGUAUGAAGACACCAAAUAUGCUUUUUCCAUGUUCAGAGACCCACAAUACUAAGCUGUGCCUUUGUUGAAGAAAAGCAUUUGACUUGUUUCCUUUUUGUGUGUGUUGUUUCUGUCAUUAGCUUUUGUAACAGCGGAAGUAUUUUAUUCCUUUGCACAAAGAAUUAAGUGUUCAUAUUAGCAAGACUGGGAAUAUUUUGGUCAAAAUUGCUUCCUCCAGUGGCAAUUCUUUUGUACUGAUCUCAAAAUGGAUAAACAAUUGGCAUUUAUUAAGAGAAAUCCCAUUAAUUUCAGUGGAGAAAUUCUCCUUCACUCUAGAACCCACAGCUGGCGACAGCUGGCACAAUCUGAAGUAGGAAUAGGGGAGAAGAUUGAUUCUGUUCAUUAUUGAAGGUAAAUCUAUCCAAUCUGCACUUUCUGAAAAAAUGUGAGAGCUGAAAUACAGCCACCCUUCAAAAUUCUCACUAAUCCAUCUUUCAUUAUUUCAUUCUCCAUUAUUUACAGAGAUGCAUAUAUUAGGGGAAAGUGUAUCUAAAAGUGUACCUAAAAGUUAAUACAAGUGAAAAUAACAUACAAAAAUGAAUUAUAUUAGGAGAAAUUGCUGGCAAAAAUAUGCAUAUUAAGUCAAAGCUGCAUACAAACAAGUGUUUAUGAGGAGAGAUUCGUACUGAAAUGCUGGUGGAGUUUCAUGAAGAUUUUCCAAAUAAAUGUACAAAUUGCCAAGCAAUGUGGAGAACUGAAUACAAGACUCAAAAACUUGAGAGAACUGAAACGGGGAAAUCUUUCCAUCCCUAAUCUGAAGGAAUUGCAUUUCACACAAGAAGCCAUAUUCAAAGAUUAGCCCUGUUGCCCAGCAAUAUCUAUUCACACACACACACACACACACACACAAAUACAAAUCAUUGCUUAUUUUAUCUCUUUUUUUUCCAGGAAGGAGAGACUCCACUUGACAUAGCAAGAAGAUUAAAGUUCACCAACAUAGAAAACAUGUUAAGGAAGGAUACUUAGCCCAUAAUGUGAUGUUGUCAAGCCCGAGUCAGGGGAGGAAUCUAUGAGGGCAAUAAUAAGUCCCACAGCACUGACAUGUUAUAGUAACCUCAUGUUUACAGCAGCUACCAAGUUUAUACAGCAUAGAUGGACUGUGUUAAACUCUGCCGCUCCGUAUGAAUAGCUGAUGUGACUUGACCAGAAGCACACGGUUAACAUUAUGAACAUUAAGAGCUAUUCAUUAUUUUCAUUCCCCCUGUACCAAAGAAUGUUUGUAAAGAGUAUGAACAAACAAUACUAUUUAUUUGAUGUAUACUAUCUGUAACAGUUGCAACUGGAAACAGAUUAAUCAGUAAAGAUCUUUUUUUUUUUUUUUUACACAAGGUGUACAUUCUCAACUACAUAGAAUUAGAAAGAGCUGCCAAUUUAUGACAUGGGCAUCAUAAAUGGCAGAACAAAGGGCUGUGUGGGCAUGCCUCGGCAGGAGCAGAAAGCUUGGGAAGCUGAAUAUCUCUGUCUCUUCUACAUUGUACUGUUCCCACUCCCAGUAGAAACAAAACCACACCGAGGACCUGGGAAGUAGGGUGAUAAAGGAAGAGGGAAUGCAGACAGGGUGGUUGACAGGUUGAAAGUAGACAGAAGACUGAACAGCAGAGAUCUACAAAAUGAUAAUAGAAGAUAUCAUUUUCUUUUCAAUGUUUAUUAAAA